CCUCACAGACAUUGGUGUUGGACGCACGCGUGUUUGUGUCAAAUUCUAUUAUCAUUACGAUUUGUUUUGUGAAAAUGGUUCUUGCAGACUUUUUGACGGAUACAAGAAAGAAGUGGCUUCAGGCUUUUAAGCUGUUUAAGCGGAAUAAAAACAAAAAGAGCGCUCGAAACCGGGUCUCUCCAGCGCUGGUGCGCUCUCCGUCAUAUAAUGGAACGGUGGACGCGCGCGCGGAGAUCGAUCUACAACGCUUCUGCCCCUGUAGAACCUCCAUGCCACCGCUACACAUCGCGAAUGAGUCCUACGAGAACACAUCCUACUACAGCAGUUACAACAGCUACGACUCUCACAAUGACAGCCUACAGAGCUACAACAAUUCAACUUGCGAUAGCUCGGGACGGUCCGACUCCGCGUAUGAUUCGACGCGUAGCAGUCCCGCCCACACCAGACCCGUUUGCUACGCCACGGUCACCUACUUUAACGUAAAUGACAGCGAGGACAGUAGCAGCAUUCACACCGAAUAUACGCUCCUUGACUAUGAUCCUGAUGCUGAUGAAGAUGAGAAAGCUCAGAAUAUGAUAAAUGAAAGCUUGGAAUUAGUUAGUACGUUAUGAAUUGUUUAUAAACUUUAUAAUAACGGAUUUCUUAUGGUUAAGUUAAAAGAAAUAAAUUGUAAAGCCGGUGUUAUAAAUCGGUGUUUAGUUUUACUUUAAAAUAUUAUGAUUUUUAAACGACAAUUUUUUUCAUUACGUUUUUUUUUUAUCUGUGCUCAAGUUUUGAUAUUUCCAUAUAGUAAAU